GACGCAGAUCGGCUGUUAGGAUGGGUUUCAGAUUCAGAUAAACCCACCACCAUCACAUUCUGCAAUCAAAUUCGAAUUGCAAAUGCAGAUCAAAACGCCAGAAUCCGAUGUCUGCUCAUUUACUUACUACGCUGGGAGGGAGCAGCCGUGCGUGCUUGGUGAUCGGUGAUGGUCGACGCGCCCUCGUGAUCAACCGACAAAGCCGUGGCACGAGGAGAGAGAGAGAGAGAGAGAGAGAGAGAGAGAGAGAGGGAGAGGGAUUUCUAGGGUUCUUGCUGCUGCUGUGCAUACUCCGAUCCCAUCCAACCCACCGAUUUCGCAACAGUAAAUAAAGUAAUCAGUGAGAAAGAACGGGGACCAGGCUGUCGAUGCAGGAGAGGAGAGUGACCCCCCACAACACAGACCAAGAAUCUACAGCGAGAGGGACAGACAGACAGGCACUCUGAUGCAUGAGAGAGAGGACGAGCUUGCAUCUCUGAGGGUGUUUCUUGGGGGUGAAUAGUUUACUUAGCCCCAAGCAAAGAUUCCUGCUUUGUUCUUUCUUUCUUCCUGAUUAGUUGGUUAAUCCUUCAUCUUUCAUCAGCUUAUGAUGAUCUGGGUAGUGGUGGAGGGAGGAGUGCAGGGGCAGCAAGCAAGGAAUGUUUACUGUGCUGGUUCUUGCAUCUUGACCCAAAGCUCUCUCCUUCUUCUUAAUCUCCUCUUCUUCUGUUGCUAAUUUCUCACUAAUUUAUUCCUUAGCUACCACUAGUCCACUGCCUUGUGGUGUACUGUACUGUACUAACCAGUAACCACUAGUGGUACUAGUACAAGCUUUGCUUGGCUAACCCCUCUUCUGCCGCCUCCUCAUUGCCCUCUUCUUCUCCCUCCCCACAUGGGAGUGUGGCUGCUCAUGGCGUGGUGCCAAAAUGGCGGUCAGGCCCCGUCGCCUUCCUGCGGGAGGAGGAGCGGCGCCGCGCGCCACCCGAGAUGGUUGUGAUCUGUGAUUCUCUCGCAUUUUGGCGCGGCUGUUCUUGAGUUGGCUGUUCUUGGUGUGAGGCGCAAUAGGGGAGGAAGGGCGAGAUGCGGUCGCUCGCUUGUUGCGCGGUGCUUCUUCUCGCUUCGGUUCUUGGAUCUACAGGUGAGACGAGCUCCGGGCAUUCGCCAUGGUUUUCAGGUACUGAUCUGGGUCCUUCUCCUGUGGUCGCUAACUCGCCAGAUGCUCAAGAUCAAACUUCUAGCCCUCCUGAACCUACAAUCGCCCUCGGUCCAGUAACUCUUCCAACAGCACCCUCUGCUCCAUCAGCAAGCCCUCCUGUGGCGAAGGGCGCUGUCAGCCCAGCUGUUCCCACUCGACCACAAAAUGCGCCUACUCCAGUAACACCCCCUAAAGAAUAUAAUGCGCCUCCUCCAGUUGAGCUUACGCCUCCUGCUCCCACUCAUGUGGCGCCAGUAGCUCCCCCGCAAGCUGCAGUUGAAAAUCCUGCACCAGUGCUUCCUGGGACACCUGCUUUGUUGCCUUCUGUUCAGGCUCCUGCUCCAUCUGUGGCCAGGAAUCCUAAUCUACCGAUAGUGCAACCUCCUUCUGUGAACAAUCCACCAAGCAGACCAAUUGGAUCAGGGAAUGGCGUCCCUCCGUAUCCACCACCUCAAAGAAGUUUACCUGCCAUUCCUCCUUCCACUUCAGGAGUUCCGCGAGAAAGUGUAAAACCUCCAGUUGCACCACCUAUUAUUGCACAAGCACCACGUCAGCAAGCACUGGCACCAAGUAGUGACCAUAGCAAUGGAAACUCAGUGCCCCCAGCAAAUACAUCACCUCCCCAUAAGAAUAGUCAUAUUCCACGUGCACUGCCACCAAAGGAAUCCAGUAGUCAAACUGGCACAGCUCACAAACCGCCAAUUAGAGGAUCAGCACCUGCAGAAACUCCUUUGCCCCAGAACACAAAUAUGCCAGCAGUCCCAAAGAAUGGAUCAUCAGUUUCUCAUGACCGACCCCCUUCAACAGUAGCUGCUCCUAAACCAGCAACUUCUAGCAGAUACCAUGGUCGGGGUGGGGCACCGAAGAAAGGAGAACACCUUCCAUUUGCCCCAUCUUAUCCACCAUCUCAUGCUCAAGGUCCUGAGAACUCACGGGCUCCAAGGCAGUCUGGGGCUAAAAGGCAAAAGCACCAUGCACCUCCACCUAUGUUUCGAGGCCAUACGAACUUGCCUGCGUAUUCUCCAUCUUCUGCACCAGUGUCAUCAAGGACUCCCACUCAUUCAAACAAAAGGCCUCAUAUUUCUCCAACCAUGCCACCAAUCCCUCCCCAACCAGGGCCGAAAGCACCAUCAGCCCAUCCUAUUUGGGCAUUACCUCCACCACCGCCUAAUCUAGAUUGCAAUUCAUUAGCAUGCCCAGAGCCUCUAACAGAUCCACCUGCGGGAGCCCCAUGUGUUUGUGUUCUACCAAUCAAAGUUGGAGUCCGCUUAAGUGUUGAUCUGUAUUCAUUCUUUCCAUUGGUAUCUGAUUUUGCGGAAGAAGUGUCAUCUGGGGUAAAUAUGGCACAGAGACAGGUUCGUGUUAUGGGUGCAAAUGUAGCUGGUGAUCAGCCUGACAAGACAGUAGUUCUUGUUGACCUAGUACCAAUGCAAGUGAAGUUUGACAAUGCUACUGCUUUUUUAACGUUUGAAAACUUAUGGAGCAAAAAAAUUUCCCUAAAACCAUCAGUUUUUGGGGACUACGAGAUUCUGUAUGUUGUAUAUCCAGGGCUUCCUCCUUCUCCACCUUCAGCACCGGAAAGUGUUGGUGACGGGGCAUUUGGAAACAACAGAAAUGCAAGGGCAAUGAAGCCUCUCGGGGUUGAUGUAGGCAGGCCCAAAAAAAGAGUCAACGGCAGCCUAAUUGCUAUUGCCGUCUUGUCUACUGUUAUAGCAUUGAUUAUUUGCACUCUAGCUGCAUGGUUGCUGAUAAUCAGAUUCAGGGGUUCGGAUGGCUUGGCUCAAAGAUUUCCACAUAGCGCACUUCCAAAAUUUUCCAGAUCAUCUGGUACAGGUCAAACACUGUUAGCUGGUCGCUAUAGUUCACCAUCAGGUCCAUCAGGUUCAUUGGGCUCAAGUAUCGCAACAUAUGCAGGACAGGCAAAGACAUUCAAAUUUGCUGAGAUUGAGAAGGCCACAAACAGCUUUGAUGAUUCAACAGUACUUGGAGAGGGUGGCUUCGGAUGUGUCUACCAGGGCACGCUUGAAGAUGGAACCAGGGUUGCAGUAAAGGUUCUGAAGAGGUAUGAUGGCCAAGGCGAGAGAGAGUUCUUGGCUGAGGUUGAGAUGCUGGGACGCUUGCAUCACCGAAAUUUGGUCAAGUUGUUAGGCAUAUGUGUAGAGGAGAACGCAAGAUGUCUGGUUUAUGAACUUAUUCCGAAUGGCAGUGUAGAAUCCCAUUUGCAUGGAGUGGAUCUUGAGACAGCACCACUCGAUUGGAAUGCCCGCAUGAAGAUAGCCUUGGGGGCUGCACGAGCUCUUGCAUAUUUACACGAAGAUUCAAGCCCUUGUGUGAUUCAUCGUGAUUUUAAGUCAAGCAACAUCCUAUUGGAGCAUGAUUUCACACCGAAAGUGUCUGAUUUCGGACUGGCCAGGACUGCAAGGGGGGAGGGGAACCAGCACAUCUCCACUCGUGUCAUGGGAACAUUUGGAUAUGUUGCACCGGAGUAUGCCAUGACAGGACAUCUCCUUGUCAAGAGCGAUGUGUACAGCUAUGGAGUAGUGUUGCUUGAGCUCCUCACCGGUAGAAAGCCAGUGGACAUGUCUAGGCCCGGGGGGCAAGAAAACCUAGUUUCAUGGGCUCGCCCGCUUCUGACCAAUGUGGUAAGCCUACGUCAAGCUGUUGAUCCACUUCUUGGCCCUAACGUACCCCUGGACAAUGUCGCAAAAGCAGCUGCCAUCGCAUCAAUGUGUGUACAACCUGAGGUUGCGCAUCGCCCGAGCAUGGGUGAAGUAGUGCAGGCCUUAAAACUUGUUUGCAGUGACGGUGAUGAGGGCCUCGGAUCAGGAAGUUUCAGCCAGGAAUUGGCGGCACAAGCUGCAGCAAUCUAUGAUGUAACUGGCAUGGAAGCUGAGAGGGUGCUGUUAUCUGAGAUGUUUGGCUCAACCCCUGUCUUCACUCCCGCUGCGGAUUCAGGUUCUUUCCGAAAGCAGUCCAGCUCAGGUCCACUGAUGACAGGCAAGAACAGAAAGUUCUGGCAGAGAUUGCGAAGCCUAUCAAGAGGGAGUAUGAGUGAGCAUGGUGCCUCACCAGAUUUUGAGACGCGCUCGCAGUGUAGUAAUAGGUGAGGUUUUUUUCUGUUCCCUUUUCAAUCUUGCGAAGAUAAAUAUUCAGUUGAAUGGAAAUAGAGAGUUUUCAGGCCUAGUUUCUGUACAUUACUCAUGUGGAGAUAAAAGGCUGUAUAGUUCAGAAAUCAGGAUAGUAGCAGGGCAGAGCUUGAGCUGUGGAGUAUUCAAGGAUUUAAUGAGAUGAGCUCAGAUUUGGUUCCAUACUAGGUUUGUCUGCAUUUGGAUUUGUGAUGUCGUCUCUUUUUCAGCUUGUCAGUUUGAGUUCAUUUGUGAUUUUCUUUGUUUUCUUUUUGGUUUGAGUUAUGAUUAGUUGUUUGGUAGGAACUGUUGAUGUAUAGAUUCAGACUACAUUUAGAAAUGCAUUUGUUGCAAUGAAGAUGAUAAGCUUCUUUUUUUCUGGCUAGUUGCAGCUUCUGGCUGAUUCCACUUGUUUCAGAAGAAACUGCCAUGUAAAUCUGACAGAAUUGCUUCUGUUCUUCCAUACCUCUAACCCAGUGGAUGAUGCUGCUGCAUCAGCAACUUGCGAGA